CGUCAUCAAGACGUCAAACGUGAACUUGUAAUGCUUUCUUUGCCUACAAUUGCUGGACAGGCUGUUGACCCCUUCGCACAACUGAUGGAGACAGCAUAUAUUGGUAGAUUAGGCCCUGUGGAGUUGGCUUCAGCUGGUGUUUCCAUAUCAAUAUUCAACAUUAUUUCAAAACUGUUUAAUAUGCCUCUCGUCAGUGUGGCUACAUCUUUUGUGGCUGAAGACCUGUCAAAGAAUGCGGUCGUUUCUCCCACUGGAGGUGGUUUCCUUCUUGGGAGAACUCUUGCUCUCCUGACAACUACGACACAGGCAACAUCAUUGGCUGCAUGUCAAGGUCCACUAGCAAUGGCUGCUGAUCAAAUAUGCUUACAAGUCUGGUUGGCCGCGUCUCUUCUCACAGAUGUACUGGCGGUAUCUGCUCAGCAAUAUGGUAAUCAAGCGUACCAAUUUUGUGAUGUUUGCAGCGAAUUGGAUUCCCUUCCUAGUUCAAGGAUGAUUAAAGGUUCUUUUUGGGGUCAGAUAUAUUGUAAAAGACGCGAACGUGACAUGACACCCAGGUGUUUUAUCUGCCAUAGAUUUAAGACUUGCAGUACUCAAAAAUAUGGAAGCUAGAAGACUAUACCUCCAUAUACGCUUUCAAACAUUAACAGCGCAAUGUGUAGACCAAGUAUUGAGAGAUUGGGUUGAGGAUUGGAACAACCCUAGCACACGAAAUGAUGCACGCAUGGAUGGAUCAUCAAGCUUGGUAUCGCCCUUCUACAUUGGAUAGGGCAGUUGAGGAAGGUAUAUGCCAAAUUAUAGCUGAAAUGUGGGUGGAAUUGUUUCUGUUGGUGAUGAAUUUGAGAGCAAGUUGAGGGAAUAUGAGAUAGGUUGUAUAAAGUAUCAUCGUUCUCCAAUUUAUGGUAUGGAUACAGAAUGGCUAAAAGAGCAGUUGAAAGAUAUGGCCUACGAGCUACACUCAACCAUAUUGCUCAAACGAUAAGGCUUCUGCGAUGUGAUCCCUUUGGCCAAAAAGUACGAGGCGAAGAUUUUGUGCAAAAAAAGGUUGAGCAGAGGGAAAGUGUUUGCUUGAACUUGUCUGGGGAAUUUGGAUCUAACAGGACAAGUAAAAUUUGCUUAGCUUGCAUAUUUGCUAAUUUCAUGCUUAUUUUGGGCUGAAAAAGUGUCGGUUACCACAAGCACCAUGCUUGAGAUUUGCCCAGCAGCUCGUCACAAUAUCGGAUCAAAGAUAUACUCACCAUUCCAUCAUACAACGGCAAAUCAAUAGUACGCUUCUGUAAUUUUUUUUUUCUAUUACUGUCUGAACUUUAUAAAUAGAGUAUGACGUGUUAAACGACAAAAAAAUUCAAAGAUCAAAGACGGGUUCAUACUCGAUGCAUGAUUUGUUUUUUUUGAGCUAUUGAUCGUUACCUUGACCCUACAAG